GCAGAGUUGUCCCCAAGCCCAUGUGGGUUCCUCGUGUCCUUUGCCCGUUGGUCUUGGGGCCCCGGCUGUGCUUCCCAGGCCUGCCCUGGCCUGAGCUGCCCCUGGUGCCUGACCCCAUGGGGCUGGUGGCUCCAGUCGUCCCCAGGACCAGCCCGGGAUAGAAAUGGCAUUUCCUCUUGGCCGGGCUGCAGCUGUUUUUGUUGUCUGUGUUCUGAGCUUCCUCUGGGAUGGCAGGCGGGUAACCAGACUCCGCGGGACCCCUGCGUGCCCUCGGCGACACUCACCCCUCUUCCCCCUUUCUUUGAUCCUCUUCCUGGCCUGCUCCUGCUUCUGCGUCCCAGGACAGAAUGACUGAGAACAUGAAGGAGUGCUUGGCCCAGACCAAGGCGGCUGUGGGGGACAUGGUGACCGUGGUGAAGACAGAGGUCUGCUCGCCCCUCCGCGACCAGGAGUAUGGCCAGCCCUGCUCUAGGAGACCCGAGCCUUCGGCCAUGGAAGUCGAGCCCAAGAAACUGAAGGGGAAGCGAGACCUCAUGGUGCCCAAGAGCUUCCAGCAAGUCGACUUCUGGUUCUGCGAGUCCUGCCAGGAGUACUUUGUGGACGAGUGCCCCAACCAUGGUCCCCCCGUAUUUGUGUCAGACACACCGGUGCCCGUGGGCAUCCCGGACCGGGCUGCCCUCACCAUCCCGCAGGGCAUGGAGGUGGUCAAGGAAGCCAGCGGAGAGAGCGACGUGCGGUGCAUUAGUGAGGUCAUACCCAAGGGCCACAUCUUUGGCCCCUAUGAGGGGCAGAUCUCCACUCAGGACAAAUCGGCGGGCUUCUUCUCAUGGCUGAUUGUGGACAAGAACAGCCGCUACAAGUCCAUAGAUGGGUCGGACGAGACCAAGGCCAACUGGAUGAGGUACGUGGUCAUCUCCCGGGAGGAGAGGGAGCGGAACCUGCUGGCCUUCCAGCACGGCGAGCGCAUCUACUUCCGCGCCUGCAGGGACAUCCGGCCCGGGGAGCGGCUGCGGGUCUGGUACAGCCAGGACUACAUGAGGCGCCUGCACAGCAUGUCCCAGGAGACCAUCCACCGCAACCUGGCCAGAGGAGAGAAGAGGUUGCAGAGGGAGAAGUGUGAGCAGGCUCUGGACACCCCAGAAGACCUGAGGGGCGCUAUUCAGCUCCCCGUGUUGAGACAGGGCAAAAGUCCCUACAAGCGUGGCUUGGAUGAGGGGGACGUGCACCCCCAGGCCAAGAAGAAGAAGAUCGACCUCAUUUUUAAGGACGUGCUGGAGGCGUCUCUGGAGUCCGCCAAGGUGGAGGCCCACCAGCUGGCACUGAGCACCUCGCUGGUCAUCAGGAAAGUCCCCAAGUACCAGGACGAUGCCUAUGGCCGGUGUGCCACAGCCAUGACCCACAGCAUGCAGGGCGUCAGCCGGGCCCAGGGGGACGGGGACUGGAAGACCCCCUCGGGGGUGGCCAAGGAGCCGGGCCCCCUGGAGGAUGAGGAAGAGGAGCCUUCGUCGUUCAAGGCCGACAGCCCGGCCGAGGCCUCCCUGGCGUCCGAUGCCCACGAGCUGCCCACCACCUCCUUCUGCCCCAACUGUAUCCGCCUCAAGAAGAAGGUGCGGGAGCUUCAGGCCGAGCUGGACCUGCUCAAGUCUGGGAAGCUCCCAGAGCCCCCCGUGUUACCGCCCCAGGCGCUGGAGCUCCCAGAGUUCUCGGACCCCACAGCCUCCGAGAGCAUGGUCUCGGGCCCCGCCAUCAUGGAGGACGAUGACCAGGAGGUCGACUCGGCCGAUGAAUCCGUCUCCAACGAUAUGAUGACCACGACCGACGAGCCGUCCAAGAUGUCCUCCGCCACCGGACGCCGGAUCCGGCGCUUCAAGCAGGAGUGGCUGAAGAAGUUCUGGUUCCUGCGGUACUCGCCGACCCUCAAUGAGAUGUGGUGCCACGUGUGCCGCCAGUACACGGUGCAGUCCUCCCGCACCUCGGCCUUCAUCAUCGGCUCCAAGCAGUUCAAGAUCCACACCAUCAAGCUGCACAGCCAGAGCAACCUGCACAAGAAGUGCCUGCAGCUCUACAAGCUCCGCAUGCACCCCGAGAAGACGGAGGAGAUGUGCCGCAGCAUGACCCUGCUCUUCAACACCGCCUACCACCUGGCCCUCGAGGGCAGGCCCUACCUGGACUUCCGGCCGCUGGCCGAGCUGCUGAGGAAGUGCGAGCUCAAGGUGGUGGACCAGUACAUGAACGAGGGCGACUGCCAGGUGCUCGUCCACCACAUCGCCCGGGCGCUGCGGGAGGACCUGGUGGAGCGCAUCCGCCAGUCCCCGUGCCUCAGCAUCAUCUUGGACGGGCAGAGCGACGACCUGCUGGCCGACACGGUGGCCGUGUACGUCCAGUACACCAGCAGCGACGGGCCCCCGGCCACGGAGUUCCUGUCCCUGCAGGAGCUGGGCUUCUCCAGCACAGAGAGCUACCUCCAGGCGCUGGACCGGGCCUUCACCACCCUGGGCAUCCGGCUGCAGGACGAGAAGCCCACGGUGGGCUUGGGCGUGGACGGGGCCAACAUCACGGCCAGCCUGCGGGCCAGCAUGUUCAUGACCAUCCGCAAGACGCUGCCCUGGCUGCUGUGCCUGCCCUUCAUGGUGCACCGGCCCCACCUGGAGAUCCUGGACGCCAUCAGCGGGAAGGAGCUGCCCUGCCUGGAGGAGCUGGAGAACAACCUGAAGCAGCUGCUGAGCUUCUACCGCUACUCGCCCCGGCUCCUGGGCGAGCUGCGCUGCACGGCCGCCACCCUCUGCGAGGAGACCGAGUUCCUGGGGGACAUCCGGGCCGUGCGCUGGGUCAUCGGGGAGCAGAACGUCCUCAACGCCCUCAUCAAGGACUACCUGGAGGUGGUGGCCCACCUCAAGGACGUCAGCAGCCAGACGCAGCGGGCGGACGCCUCGGCCAUCGCCCUGGCCCUGCUGCAGUUCCUCAUGGACUAUCAGUCGGUCAAGCUCAUCUACUUCCUGCUGGACGUGAUCGCCGUCCUCUCGCGCCUGGCCUACGUCUUCCAGGGCGAGUACCUGCUGGUGUCCCAGGUGGACGACAAGAUCGAGGAGGCCAUCCAGGAGGUCAGCCGGCUGGCCGACUGCCCGGGGGAGUACCUCCAGGAGUUCGAGGAGAACUUCCGGGAGAGCUUCAACGGGGUUGCCGUGAAGAACCUCAGGGUGGCCGAGGCCAAGUUCCAGUCCAUCAGGGAGAAGAUCUGCCAGAAGACCCAGGUCAUCCUGGCCCAGAGGUUCGACUCCCGCAGCCGGAUCUUCGUGAAGGCCUGCCAGGUGUUCGACCUGGCCGCCUGGCCCAGGAGCAGCGAGGAGCUCGUGAGCUACGGCAAGGAGGACAUGGUGCAGAUACUCGACCACCUGGAGGCCAUCCCCACCUUCUCCCGGGACCUCGGCCAGGAGGGGCUGGACCCGCGGGGCAGCCUGCUGACGGAGUGGCGGGAGCUCAAGGCCGAUUACUAUACCAAAAACGGCUUCAAAGACCUCAUCAGCCACGUCUGCAAGUACAAGCAGAGGUUCCCGCUCUUGAACAAGAUCAUCCAGGUCCUGAAGGUCCUCCCCACGUCCACCGCCUGCUGCGAGAAGGGCCGCAGCGCCCUCCAGAGGGUCCGCAAGAACCACCGCUCCCGCCUGACCCUGGAGCAGCUGAGCGACCUGCUGACCGUCGCGGUCAACGGACCGCCCAUCGCCAACUUCGAUGCCAAGCGAGCCCUGGACAGCUGGUUCGAGGAGAAGUCGGGCAACAGCUACGCACUGUCGGCCGAGGUCCUCAGCAGGAUGUCGGCCCUGGAGCAGAAGCCGGCGCUGCAGGCCGUGGACCACGGGUCCGAGUUCUACCCGGACAUGUAGGGAGCCAGCGGCAGAGUCCACGGAGCUGUUGAAUAUUUUUUUAAUCUAUACUCAUAAGCUUUGAUAUAUUAUAUAAAUCUAUAUUAUAUUAUAUUAUAUAUAUAUAUAUAUAUAAAACCCACACUGAAGAUUUUUAAAAAACCAAGGUGACACGUCCACCAGAAGCUACUAGGAGCUUUCAGAAAGGCACGACGUCGGACAGCGACGCCUGUCUACGACACUUGGCAGCUUGAACCUACGUGGCGACCCGUUUCCACUCACAGAAGCAUGUGCUGGGCCCCGCGUGUCCCCACCCGACAGCCACCGACAGCAUGAGCUAAGUGACGGGUCUCUGUCACGGCCUCUAGGUAGCUCGCUCUGUUCCUGUCGCCACUGGGGGGUGGAGGGAGGUGGGUUGGGCUUGGGGUUUAUGUUCUCGCCAUUUUUUCUGUUGGGUUUCAUGGUGGGGUUUGGGGGGUGGCUCUUGGCUUCUUCGUUGACAUUCUGGUCCCCGACUCCCACCUUGUGGGUUGGGGUGCCCUCCUCCCCCACCUGACGUCAGUGUGACGGAUUUGUUCUACUCAUUCCCUUCGCUGUCCCACAAACACAGGUGUCGGUGGUACUGUGAACCCUCCCCGCCCCCACCCGUCACCUCCCGUCCCUGGUGGUCUGUUCGCUCCCUCCAGGCCCCUGGAUUGAAAGACAGAACCCGUUCUCUGGAAGGCAGAAGGGCCUUAGAGCCGAGCUUGCAAUCCAGGGGAAGGGGAGGGCGGCUUUGGGCAUCCCUGUUGUCCAUGGUGGAGGAUCAGAUGGCAGAAUCCCACGCAGACCCAGGGCCGCUGGGAGACGAAAAGCCAGCAAAUCCAGACCCCCAACGGGGCGGCGAUUUUUGGCUAAAAACAAGUAAAAUGAAAAGUAUCUAUGGGAUCGACAUGGAUUAUUUAUACUCUGUCUUUAUAAUCAUAUACUGUUGGGGGGUAUUUUUGUUUUCCUUUCAUAAUCAAGCACCUGCAAGGUAGCUACGGAGCAGGAGCUGUCGAUGCAAGUUGUGCCCUGGGUUACGUGUCACUCUAAGAGCGUCCCCAGGGAGGUGGUCCGGGCUGGCGCCACGCUCCGCAGCCCAGCAGGAAGGUCCUGGGAGACUGGGCAGUGCUUCUAGGCCUGUGAGCUUCCUUUUUGUGAACAGGGUAGAGAUGUCCCAAAGAAAAGGAGCAAACAGGAAGCGGGACCAGAUUCUCAAGGCAUCAACUUGGACACACACACACACACACACACACACACACACACACCACAACCACAAUAUAAGCUUUAGAAAAGGCCACUUGCCCGCUCCCUGGGGCAGGCAGUGGUGUAGGCGAGGAGUCUGACCCGCGCUCCUCCCGUCAUUUCACCACAGUAUACCUCGCAGGGGAGUCUCCAGAUAUGUGCGUGAGCUGUUAAAGCUUCUCUUCACGUUCCCACACCUGAUUUGUGCGUAUUUUAUAUGCACAGAUCCUAAGGUGGACGCAGGUCGUAUUGGGGGAGGGACGGGGAUCUGGAUCCCGCGUCCCCGCUCGGCUGUCCCUCCCCAUUAGUGGAGGGUGUUGAGAUCUGGCCACAGGCGAGGCCCCCCGAACCUUGGCCUUUGUGGCUCAGACACUGUGCAGCUGCGGUGGCUCCCUUACUCUUGGUUUAUCUUGUGUCUGCGGCCUGGUGCCACCGUGAGAACCAGAGUGGAAAGGUCAUCAACACUGAACGUCACCGCCCCUUCCUGGCCCCGCCGGUCCUGCCCCUCACAGAUCCUUCCUCUCACCCCCAUGGUCUUGGUGCUAAGAUAACUUUAGAAUCAUUGCUGCUAGUCGAUAGCUUUUCAUUAUAAAUAUAUAUAUUAUAUUAUAUUAUAUUAUAUUAUAUAUUAUUUUUGAAAUGUUCUUGUUUGUUUUCAAUGGUGAUGUAGCAUGUUAAAACAAAACAAAACAAAAAACCAGAAAACAAAACUGGGUUCCUCCCACUGUCCCACUGCCCGGCCUCAUAUGCUGCCUUCUUCAACAAUCAAUGCACCCUGCCUGGUGACCUUCACCCGGCCCCCACCCGGCCCCCACCCAGCCGCACACCUCCACCCUCUUCUGAGCAAGGGGAGAGCAGGAGAGGCCCCAGACCCCUCUCAGAUGCUUGAAAUUCCCAGCCUGGUUCCACUCGCCUGCCCCCAGCCUCCCUCCACGGCUCCUCCCAUCUGGGCCUAACCCUAACCGGGGUCACCAUCAAGGUCAAGUGGGAUUCUGUUGCAAAGCACAAGGUCCCUUGUUCCCCAGCUCCUGCUCGGGGACUUCCUGUCCCCUCUUACACACAGACUCCUGUCUGGGGAGCGUCACUGCACAUUGCAGAGACCAGGGCUGGUUGGCAAGGUGGCCCCAGGUGCCGGGCAGAAACAGUGGGGGGCUCUUUCCUCUGCCAACAGUUGCCUUACCCCUCAUUCCCUUGACCCGCUGCACGGGGACCCUCUGCCAGGAGGGCGGACCACUCCUGAGCACCGAGUCAGGGCUGUGACUGUUCCCCCAAGGCCCUUAGCCAGAAAGAGCUGAGUCUUCAGCUGGGGGAAGGAUCCCUCAAGCCCAUGUCAGUGCCUACCCUGAGGGACCUGGCUCAGGGCUUGGAAGAACUCACUGCCACUAGCAGGACCUGGCAGGAGGAGGUCACACCCUUGCAAUGGCUUGAGGCUCUGAGCAGCUGAACCUGUACGUAGGUGGCGGUCAGUCUGUCAGGGGCCUCUCAAACUCAGGUGCUCACAGCUUCCACCAACCCAGCUAGGCCCCGGGCUGCGGCGGACUCUCUGUAGGCCACUGCGCCUCGGGAUGGGGGUAACCAGGGGACAACAUGGGACAUGCCACUGCAAUUCGCACCAGGUCUUUUCUCGGCCCAGGUGCCCCCUGGGAGGUUCAGGGCUUGGUCCUGUGAACCCUGCUUGGGAUGAUACGUGCUUCUGUCCUGGGCUUGUCCCACUCCUCCCCUCCGAGAUGGGCUCCGGGUGAGGGGGCACUCAAGGUCUGACCCAGGGAACCACAUGCUUUACUAGCCCAGUACCUUGAACAGGUGUGAAAACUGUGGACAGGUGGCCCGCCUCCCAGGUGUGGUCACUGCAGAUGAGACAGAGCCCUGAACUCAGCUCCGGCUUAGGAGGGACCUCCACAGACGGAGAAGGGAGAAUGUGUCUAGAGCCGAGACUUAGCCUCACUGGGUGGCUGGUUGGAGGUUUCUUUGGCUCAUGAAGUGGGUGGUCAGUGAGGUCAAGACUGAGGCCCAGGUUGGUGACCAGUUGUGCCAAGUGGUUGCGCUGCACAGCCUGGAGCCACAGGCCCUCAUGAUUAAAACAAUCUGCUUUUCCUUAGAGACACCCAGUGCCAUCUAAUGUCUGUGAAAGGGGAGACCCCCCCCCGUCUGCAACUCCCACCUGGUCAGACACCCCGGGCAGUUCUGCCUGCCUGUUGGAACAGGGAGGCCACCGGAAACAGCAGUCUUUUUCCUUUUUCUUUUUUAUUUUUUAAUGACUGCCUGUGACAUCUUGUGAUGCUGGGCACAUCCUUAUUUCUCCAGCCUCCCUGGGAAUGAGAACAGGACCAAGCUCCGGAACCCCGAAUGGCCAAAUUCAGGGCUGGGUCCUUGAGUCUGUGGUCGGUGGGCCCAGGGGUCUCUGCCCUCUGCCCCACUCUUUGUUUCUGAGUCCAGUUGUCUGCUGAGGCCCUCCUCUUGCCUUGCUUGGGUGAGCCCUUUCAUUUGGAGAAAGGACUUUGUAAUUCCAUUUAUUUGGGUGGGGGGGGCAUGUGGAAGGCUGAACCUGUCGUGGGGAGACAGAAAUGGACACAGAUUUGCCCGGCCUGGCCUUGGGCUGGCACCUGCGGGGCUCCAGAGGCAGCCCAGUGGGUCUCUUCUGGAGACCCCCGCCCUCUUCCACUUCCCUCCUCCUGCUCUGGGCACGGGAACUCUGCAUCUAGAGCUGCUUUUGGCUUGAGGUCUCAUGGGUUCAUUUCCACGUGGCCUGUGCUUCUUGGCCCGUGCAUCCCACUUUGGCAGAAGGCUCUACCACACUGGCACUCAGGCACACCCUCGGGUCCCUUCAGGAAGCACGCCUGGCAGGCGGGCCUCUGGAGGCAAGAAAGGAGGCGUCAAGAGAUGUGGGAAGCCCGUUUCUGCUUGGAGGGAGGUCCUUCUCUUUCCCUCUGUUGGUCAGGGCGCCUCAGUUGAGUGGAUGGAGCUAUGGUUUCAAGGAGCCCUGGAGGUCGUCUUUGCCUGUUAGCCAGAAAAAGUGCCCUUUGGGGAGAAAAAUGGUACGGCCCUCCUCUUCCAGCUGACACCCCUCCAUCCACUAGGUGGUAUCGCCCUGGAAUACCUAUGCAAUCCAGUCCCCUCGGGAGGCCUGGGUGGAAGCGGGGGUGUGCGUGUACAAUACUGAUGCGACAACCUGUACAUUGUAUAUAUGGACAUAUACGGGGUCUCCACACAGAGAAGAUUAAAUCACGUCUAUAUAUCUAUAAAUAAUAUCCUAUAUAUUUAUACAUUUCUAUGUUUUAAAUAGAUAUAAAAAUAGAGUCUAUGGAGCUGGAAGAGCAGCGGGAAGCCUGUGGCUGUGUUGUGCCAAGGGAGGGGCAGGUCCUUGGAGGAGGGUGGCCGGUAAGCUCAUUGGGCAGAGUUUGCUGGCCGUGGGGCCUCCGACCCCCAGUGUGGGAGAGGAGGGUAGCUGGGUCCCCGCCUUCUCGGUGCACUUUCUCUCCUUUUCUACAGGCUUGGUCUGAGGUUGGAAGGAGACACCCCCGAGCUCCAGCUGAAGUGCCCCUACCUCCCCCCACCCCAAGCCGAUGCUUGGCAUAGGGUGUGGUCGCUGACCCUGUUGGAGGGACCACUGCACAAACUUCCCCUACCCUCCCUCAAGGGGAAUGGGUAACGCGUGUGGCAAUAGGACAGGUGCCCAGGGAUGGAGAUAGCCCCUUCCCUUAGUCGCCACUGCUGCCCCCUAGAGGCCACGCCUCUGAAGAGCAGCCGUGUGCGGUCGGGUGUGCCUCGUGCGCUGCGCUGGCGUCUGCCAGGAGCCUGGAGGUGAAGUGGGCGGCGCGAGCGUCUCCACGCAGCACCACCCUCCACCCAGGGGCUUUUGGGCCAGAGCAGGGCGCAUCUGCUAACAGGGAACGGCGCGAGAAACACAUCCACCCACUCAUAAAUGCAAUGGCAACUCAAGUUCAGAAGCAGGGCUUUGGCCCGCCCCCUCUGCGGCUGCAGCUGCCGGCUGUACUCAGGACAUCGCUGUUCCCCUCCUCCUGCACGUGGUGCGCCCUCCCCCGCCCGUGGUGACAGGUUUCCUUCACAUACACUGUUCUGAUUCUGUGACUCAAGGCAGAGGCUGAGUGGGGACCCCAGCCUAUGCACUUUCUUUGGGCAGGGUGCCGCUCUCAGCCGGUCCCCAGCGCCCACCUUGAGUUGGUGGGCAUCUGGGAGCCAGAAGGGCCCUGGUGCGCCUGGCAGCCGACGGAGGGCUGGGC